AUGGCAGCAACAAUUCAUAAUGAUCAAUUACAAACUCCUCAACAUCCUCAGCAUCAACAUGUUCAGCAGCAGUCUGCAAGGAACCGUCCCGUGUCGACGCCUGUACCGAUAAAUUACCCUAGAUAUCCAGAUAUUAUACAACAGCCUCCUCCACCAAUACCUCAAAGUUCUGUUCGAAGAGGAAACAUGUUUGGUCCAUAUCUUUUGUUACAGACUUUAGGUGAAGGUGAAUUCGGUAAAGUAAAACUAGGGAUGCAUGUGGACACAGGUGAAGAGGUUGCAAUUAAGCUUAUUCGUAAAGAAUCAGUUGAUACGCCAUCCAGACUAACAAAAAUUGAGAGAGAAAUUGGAGUAUUACGGGGUGUAAUGCAUCCAAAUAUCGUAAAAUUAUAUGAUGUAUUUGAAACAGAUCGUUAUAUUGGUAUAAUCAUGGAGUACGCCUCUGGUGGCGAAUUAUUUGAUCAUAUAUUAGCACAUCGAUAUCUCAAGGAACGAGAUGCAUGUCGAUUAUUUGCACAACUCAUAAGUGGUGUGAAUUAUUUACAUCAAAAAAAUAUCGUACAUCGUGAUUUAAAACUAGAAAAUCUCUUGUUAGAUCGUAACCGUAAUAUUAUUAUUACAGACUUUGGAUUCGCCAAUCAAUUUAAUGGAGCACAUGACGAUUUAAUGGCUACAUCUUGUGGUAGUCCUUGUUAUGCGGCCCCGGAAUUGGUAAUUAGCGAAGGGUUAUAUGUUGGAAGUGCAGUAGAUAUCUGGAGCUGUGGUGUAAUUUUGUACGCAAUGUUAUCAGGAUAUCUUCCAUUCGAUGAUGACCCCCAAAACCCUGACGGGGACAAUAUAAAUUUACUUUAUAAAUAUAUCAUUAAUACACCACUGGUAUUUCCUGACUAUGUAAGCCCCGAUGCAAGAGAUUUACUCAGGAAAAUGUUGGUUCCUGAUCCAACAAAAAGAUGUGAUAUGAAAAUUAUCAUGUCUCAUCGAUGGUUAGCGCCAUACGCGUCUAUUUUUGAUUAUUCCAUUCAAGAAUUGGAGGCUGCUGCUAACCCUGUACCUUCAUUAGUACCCCCAGAAUCUUAUCUCCCUUCUGGAAUUUCAGCUUCUAAUAGCUACUUAACGGCUGAUUAUAUGGCAGAGCAGCCAAGUACUGCUCCUGUUAACACAGUGCCUACUGUUAAGAGACACACAAUUCAAGUAGAAUAUGAUUAUCCUGAUAACCCUGUAGGCUAUGCAGAUUAUCCAGACGAAGAUUUCUUAUUUGUUGAUGGUACACGUCUUGGUGCUAAUCCACUACCGACAGCUACAUCGGAUAUGAUUCUACCUCAAGAACAGGAAGAAAAAAUUUUACAUAAUAAAAAGAAUAAUGUCUCUGGAAAUUCACUAGACCUUAAUUCUAAUAGUGAAAAGCUUCAUAAUACUACUUCAGAUAAAAGUAACUGCAUAUCGACCCCAUCAGGAACUUCAUCAACAACUACUACAAGUACAAAAACUUCUGCAAAUGCUAGUACCGGAUUAUUUACAUUAUUUGAGAGCGAUCCUAAUAAUAAUCAACGCGAAGAUAAGACAAGAGUUAAUAACGUUAAAAACAACCUUACUGUACCGUCGAAUGGUCAACUUGAACCCCCACAUAUGGAAAUACAAAAGAGUUCUUCUCAAACUCCUAAGAAACGAGAUGCUCCACGUACAAGACCCGUUACUGUUCAUGGUCCUCCAUCCAGCUCGCAAGACUUGGUAUCGACACCUUCGCAAAAGAAAAAUUCUAAUUCAACAAACAAACAAACUAAUAAUAAUCGAUCCGAAAUAACUUCACCCAAAAUUCAUACACUCUCACCCAUAAGUACACCACCUUCAAUUCCUCUUCCACCAAUUCCGGGUCGUCGCGAGUCAUUACCUCCUGUUUUGCCACCUACUAUUUCCAAUGGUCAAAAGAAACAUAAAAGAGGACUUUCGUCAGAAAAAAUUUUCAAAUUUUUGGGCAAUGGAAAUGUUACUUCACCCGUUUCUGUUGAUACUUCUAACAUUAAAAAAGGAUCUGACACAUUAUCACCUUCAACUCCACAAAUUUCACAAUCAGCUCAUUUACCUGUAAAUCAUGAUAUGCCUUCGGAUACAGCAUCAGAUUCAACUAGUGCAAUUGAUGAUAUCAGUGAUUCAAAGAGUAAAAGACGUCCUAGUAAGAGAAAAGCUUUGAGUUUAAUGGUUGACACAUUAAAGGGGCCAGCAAGUCAAUCGACGCAUAGUGUUGUAUCAGGUAGCAAUGUACCAGUUAAAGAUAAGAGAAAAAUCGCCACUGGUACGUCAGCCGGUAGUUCUAAUGCCGCAAAAAAAGUUAUGGAUUGGUUCAGAAGAAAAUCUUUGGAUGAUUUACUUCAUGAGACUGGACGUGAACCAGCCAAAGAUGAACAAACCAACAAUCUUAAUAAUGAUAUGUCUUCGCGUCGUUCAAAGAUUAAAUCUAAACGACAAAAGAAUAAUCCUUCAGUGGUUGUAACUCAACCAAAUAGCAAUGUUAAUAGUCCAUCAUCACGGUUAUCUAUGAUGACCACUAAUAGUAACGUGGAUUCAAAACUCCGAGUACACCAUGGUGCCGUAGAUCAAUUAGCUUUGACAUCUCGACCACCAUACGAAGUAUUCAUAGUUGUUAAACAAACUUUAGUUAGCAUGGGUAUUGAAAUUAAGCGUGAAGGUGAUUUCAAAGUUAGAUGCAUCAGACGCAGACGUAAAGUUAUUGAUAAUGGUAAACCAGUUGGUAAAGAGACUUUCAGAAGUCAAAAAAAUAAAGAAAAAGACAGUUUAGCAACCUUGGAAAAUUCUGAGGGAAUCAUAGACCUCCUAGCCGAAAAGAAACGAAGAAAAUAUUCGACAGGCCCUUUGAAAACAUUACUGCGUCGAUCACCUUCUGUUCCAAAUAGUCCAACUUUUGGUCCCGUUAUGACUGUAACUAGUCCGAACGACGGUACACCGUUACCGAUUAAUAAUCAUUCAAAUUCAAUUUUAACUACUCCAGAAAUUUUAUAUGGUGAUCCAACCGUAGAUUCUGGUGAAGAAAUUCGAUUUGCCGUUGAAUUGUGUCGUAUUAAAAAUCUUCCUGGAUUAUAUAUUGUUGAUAUUAAGAGAAUGAAAGGUAACCUUUGGGGUUACAAAUUUUUGUAUCACACCCUUCUUGACAAAUUGGAUCUAAAAGGAAAGGGAGGAUAUUUGACCAUUGGUACAAGUGGAGGAUUUAUUCCAUAA